GCAUUGAAAAAUCAACAAAAAUAUUCUUCAAGUUUACUUUUCAAAGUUUGAGUUGAAUACCAUUGUUUGUAUUGAAAUUUACGGUUUAAAAAUGUAAUUUCUUGUGGAUUUACGUGCGAUUUAUUAUAAAUAAGUGACCAAGAAUUAAAGCGAUAUCUCUUUAAUCGAAAGACAUGGAGGGAACAAGUGACAAAAAUCCUCACGAAGAAUCUCCUUCGCACGAUGAUAAAUCGGAAACAGAUUCUGUUUCGCUGACUGUGAGCCUCCCUUUGGGUGAAGUAAAGGAGGAGGAGAAUAGUGAAGAUAUAUCUGAACACAUAUCUUCUAACAGUGGCAGUAUUGAAAACGAUCGGUCUUUCCAGGAAAUAGAAGUUUAUAAUUAUCAGGGCACUUAUUUGAAUGAAGAUCUAAGGGAUGAAGUAGAUUUAAGUGAAAAACAACCUGAUAUCUUGAAUGAAAGUCUAGAAAGUGAAUCAAGCAUUAUAAGUUUACUAUAUCUAGAAAGAAUAGAAGAAAACAAUGUGUCCAAUUUGCUAGAAGAUAGUUUUCAAGGCGAUGCCAGUAAAUCUGAUAAAGAUUUAAGCACCGUUUCAAAAGAAGAGAGUUUCAAUAUGUUCCAAAACCUAGACCUAGACGACAAAAGUCUUUCCAAUAUUAGGCACAGUACACAACCCAGUAUAGAGGAAAAGAAUUUGAAUGCGUCACAGGUCCAAAACCUAGACCUAGACGACAAGAGUCUUUCCAACAUUAGGCAUAUUACACAACUCAGCAUAGACGAAAAGAAUUUGAAUGCUUCACAUUUUGGCCUUGAACCAGUUUGUAAUGAGGAGGAAUUAAGCAGAAAGCUUAAAGAUUAUGAAGAGCUUGUAAAUAUUCAGAAUAACACAAUUACGGCCCUUACAAGUGAAUUAGAUUCCUUUAGAGAAAUGAGUAACCCGAACACGGUAAGUACUCUGUCGACUACGGAGUACAAGCAGCUGCAGGAGGAGUGGAAUGGAAAGAUUCUAGAAUACAACGGUGUGAUUUUGAUUAAAAAUGAUUUAAUACAGAAAUUAACUGAAUCACUGGAGCAAUCAUCAAAGGAAAAAGAAGAGCUGAUGUCAAAAAUUGGUGACUUCGAGAAUGAAAUUUCUGAAUUGAGAGAAACGAUCAAAAUUGCUCAAAUGAAAAAUCAAACGUCUGAUUCAGUACAAGAAGAAUUGAAUUCUAGUAUUCACGAUCAGAAAUCUUUGGUAUCUGAAGAUGUAAGUAACAAUCUGGAAGUUGAAUAUAUGACAUUAAAAGAAAACCUUGAUAUGCAUCAACAUGGUUUACUGAAACAGUUGAAUCUCAAAUUUAAUGAAGUGUUAGAGGAGAAAAUCUCAGAGAUUAAGAGCGUACAUGAUCAAGAAAUUAAAACUUUAAAGGAAAGUGUAUCGCUAGAAAAAGAUGAGUACGAAUCAGAAAUCUCCAGACUGAGGGCCCUCCUAGCCGAAUUUCAAGCCGGUUCUACCCAGUUCAUGGCUUUGAAAGACGAGCUGGAUUUGAAGCAUUCCAGGGAAAUGGAGGAACUGAGGACUUAUUUUGAGAAGAAAUGUGCAGAUGUAGAGAAAAAUUAUUCAGAAGAAAUUUACAGCCAACACAGCAGGAAGAUGUCGAGUUCGAGUUGCUCAGAAGCCGAACUUAAUUCAGAUCUGCCUUUUCCGCACGUUCCAGGACCCGAAGGUGAUGUCCAAACGAAUCUCAACAAAAAAGAUCUGAUUAAUCUACAAAAUGAACUCAACAGUAUUUUUAAUAAGAUAACCAAAUGUGACCUGGACGCCAUGACUGACGACGAUUUUUCAAAUCUGAAAAGAGAAAUUAACAGAUCACAUUUAAGUAAUUUGCUCAAACAUAGCAUUUCCACAGGAACAAUUAAACCACAAAUAGAAGAACAUGUAAACGCAGGGGAAAAGGCACCUAAAAUGGAAGAUAUUGAGGCCAGGUACGAAGAAAAGUUUAAUCAAAUGAAAGAAAAAUACGAGGAGGAACUGAAAAACUUGAGAAAUCUACUAGAACUCGCCGAAAAGCAGCAUCUAAGUAUCAGUUCAACAGUGCAAGAAGUGGGCAGUUCUGAAGAAUUCGAAAUAAACGAAGUAAUUCAGAGUUACGAAAGAAGACUGCAAGAACAAGUCAUUCUUGCCAAGAAUGAUAUUGUUGCUGGACUGGAAGCACAGAUACAGCGCCUGGCUGCCAGUGAACCCGACAGUGACGAAUGGCCAUCAGAGCUUCUACGCAUAAGAGAUAGAUUUACCGAAAAGCACGAAGCGGACAAGAUGGUUUUGAAUGAAGAACACCGAUUGGAGCUAGAGAAAUUGAAAGAGGAACAUCGGAAGAUUUUGGAUGAAGUUUCUCAACGAGUUUUAGACGGAGCUAAGCGACGCAAGUUGAGAGACGAUGAGAGUUUAAACAAGGACGAAAUGGAAAUUUUGAAAGAAAGAGACAUCUUGAAGCAACGAGUGGCUUCCAUGCACAACCUUUUCGGAGAACUGUUAAAAUAUUUUACACAAUGCGAGGAUGAAUUGAACAAUACUCUCGUCGAAGAACUAUUGAAACAAGGAUUCGACAAGAACAUGUCCCAAAUAGACGACGAGCUGAACUUGACCAGAUCGAGCCCUUCGACCUCCAGUAAAACCAGUGACAGUACUUUGAAUAUCACCAGAGUCCAUCUGACGCCCAACUUCACUGAUUUGAUCAAUAUUAUUGAGAGUAGUUCACCAGAAGAAGCAGAUUCGAAAGACGUUUCUAUUGAUGUCAAGAAUGAGUUAAGCGUUUGUCUAGAAAAAUUAAAACAAGAAGCCAAUGCCAUCCUCUGUCUAACCACAAAACAACCAGUAGGUGCCAUUUUGGAUUCUAAAAAUAACAAUAAUUUAGAAGGACAAAUAACCUCGUUAACAAGGAAGCUAAUAGAUGAGACACAAUUGAAAGAAGAUCUGAAAUCCGAGUUAGAAGAAAAUCAGAAAUACAUCGAAACGUUGGAAAAAGAAAGAGAACGAUUGGAAACGGAGCUGGAGAACGUCAUAGCCAAAGAAAACAUACUAGAAGAAGACCUUACCGCUGCCAAAAAUAAGAUCGGUCAACUUUUAGAGAGUGGUCGAAAAGAAAUCGUUUCGGAGGGGUACGGAGAAGCUGGCGUACAUUCCCAAAGUUUAGGUGAUACAAUGAACGCUUUGGUCGAUCUUCAAGAAAAAGCCAGAAAUGUGUUGUCUCAGUCGAGAACCAGUGCCGAUCCAACUUUGUUACAUCUCAUCGAAGAAUUAUGUAGGGUAGGAGAGAGAAUUAAGGAAGAAUCUUAUAGAGAACGGUAUGAUCUUCAGCAACAGAUCGAGGCAGCUGAUAAGAAAUAUCGCACGACUAACAAAUUCCUCGAGGAACAAGCCAUGGAGCGCGAACAGGAACGUGACGAAGCCCAAAAGAAAAUUGACGCUCUUCUGAUUCAGUUGAAAGAAAGAGACAAAAACAAGGUUCAUUCCGAAAUAGUUGCUUCCGAGGUAGUUGCCUUUCUUCUGGGUAGUAACAAUGGAAUUUUUCCCAUGAUGCAACAGAUCGAGCAACUAGAGUUGCAGCUGCAGGAGAAGACGACGGCUUUUGAAGCCUCUUGUCAUAAGCUUAAAGACCUCGAAGAUGAACUGACCGAAGCGGUGGAGAAAAUAAAAGAAUUACGGGAGAUUAUUCGCAAUUUGGAAAUCCAAUCAGAAACUAAAUCGGUGAAGAUCCAGGAAUAUCUAGAUACGAUCAACAAACUUCAAAAUAUUAUUGCUAAUGAACACGGAGUAGGUGAUGGUAAAGAUUGCGACGCCUCUAAAGAUGUAUCCGACAUUGGGGAAUUGUAUAGACAUAUCGAACAUUUGGAAACUGAACUUCAUAAACUGAGAUUGAAUUCCGAACUCGCUGGUAACGAGGGGGCGACCAAACAGAUCAGUACACAGCUCUACGAAAUAGAAGCUCAAGUUGAUAGAAAAACAAAGGAGUUAGAAAUUCUUCAUUCUACCGCUAGUACCAACUGUAGUUCACCUUCGGAAGACGUUUCAGCUAGAGACGUGGUUUUACCUAAAAGCCCGAAAAAGAUGGAAGAUUGCGAAGUGCCUUUACAACAACUUGCCAGACUUAGAGAGAAACUAAUAAGACAUUCUAGAGCCGAAGAUGCAGCUAUGAAGCGAAUACGAGAUUUAGAAAUGGAAGUCUUUGGACUAAAACAUGAACUAGAGGAAACUAACGGAGAAAGAGAAUUCAUGAAGAAAAAUAUUCAAGAACAGUUAGUUCUAAUCUCGGACUUCCAAAUAAGACUAGACGAACAGAGAAUAAGAGCAGACAAUAUAGAGAAACAGACUAACACCUCGUUGGAGUUGAAAAUUUACAGUUUACAAAAGGAAGUGGAUUCUUUAGGUGAAAAGAUUCAACAGAAGGACAGACAUAUUAAUAAUCAAUCUAAUUUGUUAGCGGAAACUCAACAGAGGGUGAGAAAUUUAGAGAACGAGUUGAGCUCUGCGAAAGAAGAUGAUUUAGUGGUAGAUAUGCAAAAGGAGAUAGAUAAACUUGUGUCUGAAAAUGCUCAGAUGAAAAAGAAGAUUAAAAACGAAGCCCAGAUGGUGCCGAAUUUGGUAGGGAAUAUUAUCUCGGAUAAGAACCAUGAUAUGGAGAGACUAAGACUAAAACUGGAAGACACUGAAAAGCUUUUAGAAGGUUAUACCUCGCUAAAUAUAGACAAAAAAGAUCUACAAACAUUGUCCAAUCUAAAAAGUAAUGGGACUAGUUUGGAAGAGUUGUUUAGUAUAUUGGACCUAAGUCAGCCGGAUCUGUUGAGGAGAAUGGAAAGUAGAAACUUGAGCGAAUCUCAAAGUCCUCUUUUAUUUAAACGAGAAAAGUCUGAUGAUACUCUGAUGGAACCUGAGCUGUCUUCAAUUAUGGGACCUACCAGCGCCAAUUCUGUAGUACAGAUGAGGAACUCGACGGAAAUAUCUCACAAAAAAGUCCAUUUUGAAGACAUUGAUAUGGAAUGUUUAAAGAAGGAACUCGCAGAGCUGAAGAACCAACUAGAUGCCAAAGAUAAAAUAAUAAAGGAAUGCAACGAAAGGUUGCAGGAGCUAGAUAACCUACAGAUCAAAACCGAAAACCAACAGAAAUCAGUCGAGGAUACCAAUAAUGCCUUAACGGCCAUUUCAAAAAGCUUCGAAGAGGCCCAAAUGGACUGGCAGAAUAGAGAACGCGACUUGGGAAUUGAAAUAGCCGAGAAAAAGCUGAAAUUGGAAGAUAUCGAGAAAGAAUUGGAUCUUUUGCAGCAGGAUUCGAAGCGAAAAGAUGAGAUGUGCGUUCGUUUGACAAAAGAGAUAAAGGAUCUAGAAAAAGAGAUAACGAAGUUGAAGAACGAGAACUAUUUAACUGUGGAAAAUGUGAUUAAGAUGAAAAACGAAGAAAUGGAUAAUCUAGAAAAAGAACUAAAUGAAAAAUUCAACGUUGAAAUCGAAAAAUGUAAGAAAACAAUCUCCAGCUGCUGCGACGAGAGGGGUUCCUUGCUAAAAGAAAUGGAACUUAUAUCGACACAGUUGGCAGACUCGCGUUCCAAGAACUCGCAAAUGGAACAAACGCUCAAAGAACACUCUCACGAAAUAAAAAAGUACCGAAAGGAAUUUGAAAACAAAUUGCUAGUGAUCGAAUCGUUAACUCGGGAAAUGAAAGAGAUGAAGGAGAAAAGGGCCAAGAAUAGGAGGUUUACCCGAGAGUUAGAGCAAAAGUUGGAAGAUCAGAAGUCUUCAAUGGAGUCGUUAGAGGAAGAGAAAGCAGCGCAGAAAUGUUGGUUGUUAGAAAAAGAGACUCUGAUAAAGAAUUUACAGGAGGAAGCCGACAGAUAUAAACAAGAAAUAGGCGAAAAUAUGGAAAAGCUGGAAAAGGAAGUAAAAGAAAAUGAGUCCAAAAUCGACGAACUUACCAAGGAAAAAAAUCACUUGACGGAAUUAUUGGGUGAAAGAGAAAAAAUUAUAAAACAAAUGGUCGAAGAUCAUCAACAGGUUCAUCUCAAUCUGGUAUCGAUUAAGAGUAAAAUACAGGAACCAGGGCACAUCAUAGAUCUGGGAAACAAGCUCCGAGAGGAACAGAAGAAAAGGGCAGAACUGGUCCAAGAGAUCCACAACUUAAAAGUCCAGUUGAUGCAGUGCAAGAGCAACGAAAUGACGACUUCGGUAGAUGAAAUCGCCGACCAACUCAAAAGGGAAUUGGACAACUCUAUCAAAAUCGAUUCCAACAUCAUGAGCGCCGUCAGUGACCAGAGUUUGAGUUCGAUUUCGGAAGUGCAAGACGUCGAGGCUUACAAAAAGUCUUUAGCCAAGGAAAAAGCCUGUAAGAAACAGCUCCUUGAACUAGUAAACACGUUGCAAGACAGAAUAACGACAUUGCAAAAUGAUUUGGAGAAGGAACGUGCCACUCUGGUGUGUAAUAGUACAGAAGACGCCCAAUGUAUAGAACAGCUAAGGAUCCAGUUAGAUGCCGCUUUGGAUGCGAACGAAGCCCUCAAAAGGGCUAUAUCAGAAAGAGAAUCGGAGAAUGAACAAUUGGAAAAGGAUUUAGAAUCUCUGAAGAGAAAGAAUAUAAGUUCAGCUUCCAGAUCAGAAUCUACGAAAUACAAAGAGCUUCCUAGCAAAGAAUCCAUAGCUUUGAAUAAGCUGCAGAAAGACCACGACGUCUUACUGGGCGAACAAAGCAAACUCAUUGGUGAAUUAGCCGGUUUAAGACAGACACAUCUAGAUAUGACGACAGAUUAUAAAUGCACAAAGGAUCUUUUAGCUCUGGAAAUGCAAAGGAAGAAAAAUUUAGAGGGGAAGGUCUACAGUUUGCAGAUGCGAGAAAGGGAACUGACAGAGAAUCUUACGCAGAUAACACUGGAAAAGGAAAGAGUUGUAGACGAAAUAUCGCAGGAAAAGGCCGACCUCAUCAAACAAAAACUUGAACUGCUUCAAAGACUGAAAUCCCAGCAUUCCUUCGAAUCGUCAGUAACUGUUACCAAUGACAUACCCGACGAACUGAUAAAAAAAAUUAGUGAGUUAAAUAGCGCAUUCAUCGAAAAUAAGAAGCUUGUGGAUAUGAUAACGAGGAUUUCGAAUGAGAAAGCGCAAGUAGAGAACGAGCUAGAAAUUGUUCGAGGAGCUGUGAAAAAUUCCUCUGUGCAGCUACCCUCAAACGAUUUGGCAGCUAGGGCUGAUUAUUUAUUUGCGAAGACUCUUAAGCUGGAGAGUACGAAAAAGGCAUUAGUGUUUCAAAAGCGGUACCUCAUGAAGUACUUGCUAACUCAAGGAGUAGUUGAUGUGUUACCUGAUCCUGUAACACAAAGAGCAAUGUUUAGGCGAGAUUUUUCACCGAAACAUAGAUUUAGGGCUGCAGUAUUUGUGAUCAUCUCAAUAUCCCGAAUCAAGUUCCUCGUGAAACGAUGGCACAGUGGCGUGCGAAUCGCCGAAAGGAUAAAUUCCCGCCAUUAUAAACAGACUCGUAGGAAAAACGAUGCCACCGUGGUAUCGGCACAUUUCCAGGUCGGGCAACCGGUCUCUAAUCAGUUUUUCCUUAACGCUCCCCCUGCAGGACCGACGUUGAGGAAUCCUAAUCAGUUUGUGCAGUUUAAGGAAGAUGCUAGGGAGACCCGAGAACGGCUAGAAGCAGAUAGAGAGUCUGCCAGGAGCGAAGAGUUUUAUCCAGAACGAUCAGCACCCUGGUCCGGAACGACACCACCUUCAAAAGAAAGACGAAGUAGAAUAACGAUAGGGAACGCCGUAUUAAACAAAGAAGACAUGAAUCCACUCAAGGCUCCUCAACUUCUAGCUCAGUUUGUGGAGAGAUUUGACCAAAUUCAAGAAAAGUUGGGUGUAGUGUUAGAGUCUGACUCAACGUGAAGUAUUAUAUGUAUCUAUUUUUUAUAUCAUUACAAGAAAAUUGUUAUUAAUUUGUUUAGUUACCAUAUAGUAUAUGAAGAAGUUAGGUUAAGUUGAAUCAGGUUAUUAAUAAAUUUUAAGUUCAAUUGUUUGUUUUUAGUGACUGUGUCAGUAGAUCAAUAGUGCCAUUUUUUUGUGUAGCAAACAUUAUUGGUGUUAAGAUGCGCGAAAUGAUGUAUUUUCGUCUCCUUUGCGCAUAACCAGAUCUGAGGUUAGGCAUUCAUUUGGUGAGUGUCUUCGAGGCAUUUAUAAAAAAAUUUUCACUAGUAAUACCACUAGAGGUCAAAUUAUUUCCGGAAAUUUUUUUGAGAUCAUGAAUAUUUUGAAAAUUUCCCGAGUCGCAGACGAGGGAAAUUUUCUAAAAAUAUUCAUGAUCAAAAAAAAAUUUCCGGAUAUUAAUUUGACUUCGCGUGGUAUUCGGUAAGAAAAUUUCACACUAAAUUUGUAUUUGAAAAUCCAAAGCUGCAUGAAUAGAUUAAUAGCGCGCCAUAGCUUUGUCAGCAAUUAUUUAGGCUUUCAAAUUCGUAAUUUCUACUCAUUGUAGUUGCAUGGGAAUACCAUUUCAAGAUAGAAAAUAGUAUAUUCUUCAAUUUUACAUAAGUUUUGAGUAACUACAAGUGAUAGAAAAUGAAUCAAAACUAAAUUAUGUAAACAAAUAAAAACCAGUCUGUCAAAAAUGUUCUGUUAUUGUAAACGUCAAAAAAUUUCCACUAUAAUUCGCUGUUGGGUACCCCACGAGCAAAAAAUUUCCGAUAAAAUACCUCCGUUGCCAUGGUGAUCUGUCAAAAUAACGUAUUUUGAUUGGUUCAAAAUUACAGGUGUGGAAUUUUCACUAGUAAUACCACUAGAGGUCAAAUUAUUUCCGGAAAUUUUUUUGAGAUCAUGAAUAUUUUGAAAAUUUCCCGAGUCGCAGACGAGGGAAAUUUUCUAAAAAUAUUCAUGAUCAAAAAAAAAUUUCCGGAUAUUAAUUUGACUUCGCGUGGUAUUCGGUAAGAAAAUUCCACACCAAAUUUGCAUUUGAAAAUCCAAAGCUGCAUGAACAGAUUAAUAGCGCGCCAUAGCUUUGUCAGCAAUUAUUUAGGCUUUCAAAUUCGUAAUUUCUACUCAUUGUAGUUGCAUGGGAAUACCAUUUCAAGAUAGAAAAUAGUGUAUUCUUCAAUUUUACAUAAGUUUUGAGUAACUACAAGUGAUAGAAAAUGAAUCAAAACUAAAUUAUGUAAACAAAUAAAAACCAGUCUGUCAAAAAUGUUCUGUUAUUGUAAACGUCAAAAAAUUUCCACUAUAAUUCGCUGUUGGGUACCCCACGAGCAAAAAAUUUCCGAUAAAAUACCUCCGUUGCCAUGGUGAUCUGUCAAAAUAACGUAUUUUGAUUGGUUCAAAAUUACAGGUGUGGAAUUUUCACUAGUAAUACCACUAGAGGUCAAAUUAUUUCCGGAAAUUUUUUUGAGAUCAUGAAUAUUUUGAAAAUUUCCCGAGUCGCAGACGAGGGAAAUUUUCUAAAAAUAUUCAUGAUCAAAAAAAAAUUUCCGGAUAUUAAUUUGACUUCGCGUGGUAUUCGGUAAGAAAAUUCCACACCAAAUUUGCAUUUGAAAAUCCAAAGCUGCAUGAACAGAUUAAUAGCGCGCCAUAGCUUUGUCAGCAAUUAUUUAGGCUUUCAAAUUCGUAAUUUCUACUCAUUGUAGUUGCAUGGGAAUACCAUUUCAAGAUAGAAAAUAGUGUAUUCUUCAAUUUUACAUAAGUUUUGAGUAACUACAAGUGAUAGAAAAUGAAUCAAAACUAAAUUAUGUAAACAAAUAAAAACCAGUCUGUCAAAAAUGUUCUGUUAUUGUAAACGUCAAAAAAUUUCCACUAUAAUUCGCUGUUGGGUACCCCACGAGCAAAAAAUUUCCGAUAAAAUACCUCCGUUGCCAUGGUGAUCUGUCAAAAUAACGUAUUUUGAUUGGUUCAAAAUUACAGGUGUGGAAUUUUCACUAGUAAUACCACUAGAGGUCAAAUUAUUUCCGGAAAUUUUUUUGAGAUCAUGAAUAUUUUGAAAAUUUCCCGAGUCGCAGACGAGGGAAAUUUUCUAAAAAUAUUCAUGAUCAAAAAAAAAUUUCCGGAUAUUAAUUUGACUUCGCGUGGUAUUCGGUAAGAAAAUUUCACACUAAAUUUGUAUUUGAAAAUCCAAAGCUGCAUGAAUAGAUUAAUAGCGCGCCAUAGCUUUGUCAGCAAUUAUUUAGGCUUUCAAAUUCGUAAUUUCUACUCAUUGUAGUUGCAUGGGAAUACCAUUUCAAGAUAGAAAAUAGUAUAUUCUUCAAUUUUACAUAAGUUUUGAGUAACUACAAGUGAUAGAAAAUGAAUCAAAACUAAAUUAUGUAAACAAAUAAAAACCAGUCUGUCAAAAAUGUUCUGUUAUUGUAAACGUCAAAAAAUUUCCACUAUAAUUCGCUGUUGGGUACCCCACGAGCAAAAAAUUUCCUAUAAAAUACCUCCGUUGCCAUGGUGAUCUGUCAAAAUAACGUAUUUUGAUUGGUUCAAAAUUACAGGUGUGGAAUUUUCUUAAAAAAAAAUUAUAGUUUAACCGCUCAGAUUCCGGAGUUGAACGUAAUGUCAAACCAUGUAAUGACCGCCUGUCCCGAUUGACUCUAACCGACAUACUUACCAUAUUAAUAGCUUAAACAUGUUGUUUAUUUGUUAUAAUUUAGAAAUAGGUUUUUUGUACAUUUUAUAUAAUAAAAGUCCAUUUUUAUUA